AUGGUGGGCGUUUCCCGCCACGCACGCUUCCUGUGGGUUGUGACGUCCGCGUGUGUUUGGGGCAUAAAAACAUCGCGUUCGAGAAAGGUGGUUGUUCGUCUUCGCUGUUCACAUUCUUCAAUCCUUACCAUGGUGCAGCCAGUGCCCAGAGCCGCAGUAAAUGCGACUACAAUGCUCAAAGCAGGCCAUCCUCCCGCAGUAAAAGCCGGAGGUAAACGUGUGGCAAAGAAAAACCUAGAAGACGCUACUGUGGUGAAGGACGCAAGGAGGUCUGAAAAAUUAAGCAGAUCCAUCCCAGCUGCCAGCAGAAUGAACCAAGUCAACCUGCUGCUGUCCGGGACUCUGGACAAGCUCGGCCAUGACUUUCCAGAAACCCCAGUGAGCGUGAGGCACAGCAAGGUCCGGCCCGCUAUGGAAAAAUCCCACUGCCCCAAAACGUACUUCAUUCAACAGCCCAGGAAGUUCUGA